GCAAUUUUGUAUAAAAGAAGGAAACAUUUAAAAGAACAUUGCAUACAUCGCUGCUGCCUACAUUAUGUCUUUGGUUACGUUCGUGUGCUGUGUAAUAGCGGUGUCGGGGGCAUUCGCUCAGCUGAUACCCGGCGGAUGGACCGAAACCAGACCUAUUGACCCUUACCCCAAGCAAGUCGUAUUAUCUUUGAAGAGCGACAUUGUGAGUAGACUGAACUCAAUGUACAUCACUGUAAACGAAUUCCAACCAUUGCUGUACCGGUCAAGAGCGGCUGUGGGGACUUUCUACCAGGUCAAGAUACGUAUUGGCUAUGGACGCUAUAUUCACGUCACAAUAUACCGACAUUUCUCCGGAACUCCGACCGAGGUACAGGACAUACAGACCGGGAAAACUCUGGCGGACCCCCUGACAUAGACAGGGGACGGCGACUCUGAAACUAUUACAGCUUAUAAGAAUUGUUUUAUUAUUGUUUUGUAAUAAAAUUAUGAUUAUCAUACAGAAUUUGUUUUUGGUAAUGUGUUUCUUACAACCAGUAUAAAUUCAAUAUGUAAUGCGUUUUAACGAACUCUUUUGUUUGCAUUCAAUGUAAAAAUGUUCAAAUCGAAUUUUUUAAUGCAAUAAAAUUUAUCAUAAGUUAGUAUUUGUAUAAUUUUUUAAUCAUGAAAUUUAUAAAUGUCGUACAUGAUUUAUAUAAUUCAUGUUCUCAAGUAAGUUCGACUUGUGACCUUCAAUGGGCAACAUCUUGGUUUCCGGGUCAUCGCUCAAAUAUUUCAAGAUACCAUUCAGAAUAUUAAGAGGCGCUGAGUAACAUUUUUAAAGUGACAA